UGCAAGAAGUUCUUGGAGAAGCCACAUUUUUCAGACUCCCAAGACUACUGUAGCAACAGGCUGGACUCACCUCCUGCAGCAUUACCAAAGGUUCCUGCACUGGGGGUGCCAGCCUUUGUAAAAACGCACUAUUCCAGCAAGCAAAACUGCAUCUGGACCCUAGUUGUCGCUGUGAUGCAUGUGAAAUCUGGAGGGGAAGAGGGAGCAUUCUCACAACUAGUCCUGGAAUUCCUGCCAGGCAGGGAUUAGUCAAGCCUGGACGGCAGCAGGAAUGUGAUGCUAAACUGCCUGCUGAGAAACACAAGUACUUGUUUCACAGACAGCAGCCCUUGGGCUGCAAGAGUAAGUCAAGCAGCCAAUUAAAACGUAAAAACCAAAAACCCAACCAACCAAAAACCAACAACCCGAAAAACCCCCCUUUCCCAAAGUUGACAGCUAUUUGUAGAGACUGACAUUCCAGGUGUUUGCUGGAACUCCAUUUCAGCUCCCAAGGUAACAGACAGCAGAGAUAAGGAGCUGUCUGCUUCUGAGCCCUUUGGUAGUGCUCCUGGUAAAGCAGAGGCUGCAGCAUUCCAACGCCGCCGGUCAGCCCCAAGAGACGCCUCCCGGUGACCCCUCACGUUCCCUGAGAUUAAGUGACAUACAGUACCUUAAAUGGCUACUAAGGAGUUCACUACUAUUAGCUGUAUUCACAAUUAUACCACAGUCAGAGUUGAAAACAUCACAAACCAAGAUGUUUGCAGCUUUAAAGUAUCACUCAACAGACUAUUUAUAUGAGUUACUUCAACACAGAACAUGAUUGCUAUUUUGGUACUGGAUCAAUGGAAGCAAAGUUUACCUGUGGAGGAUUUCCUGGAAAAGAAACCUAUCUGCUCUGUAGAGUUCAAUACUAAUAACGAGUUAAUAGAAUUUAUUCCAAGUUCAAAUCCCUCCUCUCAGACUGACACAGAAGAACUUUUUUUACUUACGAAAGAUGCUUCUAAGGAAGAAUCAACCCAAGAGAAAUGUUUGAAGACUGACUAUGACACUGAAUAUAAAGAACAAUGGCAAGAUUUAUAUAUGGAAGAGGAACUUUUUUUUAUUGAUAACCUUGAAAAUUAUCGUAAAAAACUGCCUUCUUCAUCUGUACUUCUGAGCAGACUACAUUUUUUUUUAGUGAAAGAUCCCCUUUUAGAUUCUGAAGGACAGAGUUUAACAGAAGAGAAUGUUUUCAGGGAAUGUUUGACUUUCCAAAAUGAAACGGAGAUGGAAGAGAGUAAAAAAGAAUUGCAGGGGAUUAAAGAGAAUUUCUGUACCGUAUCUGUAAAAGAUGAAGAGUAUUUCAUGUUGCCUAUUGAGUUAGAAUUCUGCACACCCAGCAAUGGCAGAUCAGAUUCUGUUAAUAUUCCAUCAUACUUUGAACUGAAAGAGUUGUUAAAUUUAGCUCCAGAAACUAUGGCUGAUGAAGACAUGUGCAAAGAGGUGAUCAAAGAAGCUAAAUACAUUCCAUAUCUGAAAGAUGAAAUGGAAGUACCUUUAAGCCCUCCAUGCAGGCAACAAAGAUCAUGGGUUAAUUUUCUGGCCACAGGACUUCAAGAAGAACCUAUUCCUCUUUCUGGUAACAGUAUUUUGAUUACAGAACCUUCUAGGGAAUACCUACAAUCUUUGGUGUGGCAGUCAGAGAAGUACAGGGAUAAUAUGAACUCUCUUUUGCUUGUCGGAUGGCUUGAAGAGAUAAAUUCCAUGACAAAUCAGGAGCUCCUUUCUGCUGAAAAACAUCAGUCAGAUAAAGUAAUUAAUCUUUGCAUGUCGCUGCAGACUCAAAGGCAGCACUUUGCCAUGCAUAUGGGUGCAGCAUCACCUACCAAAAUUCCCAUUACAAAUACAUCUGUGGAAGAGCUUACUGGAGGAAGCAUAAAAAAGAAUAAGGUAGAAGAGGAAAUCUAUUUCUUAAACCAAGAAAAGAAAACCCCCAAAUUAUCUGAGUCUGUCACCAGUAAAGAUAUGUCUUCUGAAGAAGACAACUUACCCAGUAGUGAAAAGCCUGCAUCAUUUGCACUUGUUACAAAAUGGGACAAUGAUUCUGAUCUGAGCAACUUUAUCAUGCUGAGAUCUAAAUGUGCACUCACCCAAAGAGAGGAAAAAAAUUAUGUAAAUAGUCCUGAAAAAGUGUCACAACCUGAAGAACAGCAUAGACAUGUUCAUGAAGAGGACAGUUCUGUUUGUGAGACUGUAAGAAUAGAGGAGAAACAACAAGAGAAUGAGGACAAUAUCACAGUCAAUAUUCAAGCAUCAGAAAGCCAAUGCCAGGCAUACUGCCUCUUGGAAGAAGCAGCCACUCCCGUUCUAGAAGAUUUGACACAUCUGAGUGUGCUUGCUUCUGUAAAUUGGAGGUUUGACAGCAUUAAAUUUGAUCAUACAAGGUUUUUCUUAAAACAGCAAGAGAAAGUAAUAUGUGAUCGUUUCAAAGAAGGUGAAAUAGAUGAGAAGGAGAUCAUGCUGUUCAGACAUGCUGCUCUGGUGCACCUGCUGGUGGCAGGUCGAGAUCUUCUAUUAACAUGUGGCUUGGACACAGCACUAGGUUAUUUGUCCAAGGCAAAGGAUAUCUAUAAAAACAUCUUAGAAUCCUGUUUGAAUAACAUCUGGAGGCAGUUGAAGACUGUACAGUACAGCAGCCAGAAAAAGCAUGAAACAAAUCCCAAAAUAACAGAGCUUCAGUGUCAAAUGUUAAACUGGAUGCAAAGUUGUGGAGAAAAACACAGUGUUAAGAUACUUACCAUAACAAGGAUGGACUCUGAGAGAGGAAAAGAUGCCCUCAUUCAUGCUUUAUCUAAAAUAGAAGAAAAUGUUUCACGGAAUCACUGUAAUUCCUUUCUUCUGGAGGUACAGAUUCCAUAUGUAUUUCUGACAACUGAAGGUCUUCUUAAUAUGCCAGAUAUUCUUCAGCUUUUGGAAUCCAAGUACAGCAUUACCUUUGUUGAAAGAAGCACUAGUUACUCCUUAAGGCUCUGUGGAAGUACAGAUCAAUAUGUUGUGUUGACAAUAGAUGAAUGUACUGCUAUCUAUUUGCAGAGUAUGGAAGAACUAAAUUAUGAGAAAUCCUGUGAAAAUGUAAUAUUGAAGCUCAUGGUACUAUCGCUCCAAUAUACGUGCUGUUGGAUUGUUUUCUAUUCCAGAGAAACACUGAGUUUACAGUACAGUCUCAGGGGAGAUACUCUGCUUAACCUUGUCUUAAUUUAUGCUGCUCUAAUUGAACUUACACAAAAGUCAGAAGACUUCGAAGUGAAGACAGAGAAAUGCCUGCUUACUUUUCCAUGUGUCAACCCUCUGGUUGCUCAGCUUAUGUUAAAGAAGGGAUCUUCACUGAAUAAAUUGUUUCUUGCAAGCUUUGAUCAACUUCAGGAACUUCUGCCAGAGGUUCCAAAAAAGGUUUUAAAGCAUUUUAGUGACAUAAGGUAUUCGUACAGCCGAAAUGCUGCUGCUCCACUAGAAACAGCAGUGAAAGGUGCACUACCCCCAGAAAAGCAGAAUAACUUCAACACAUUCUAUCCAGAUUACAAACAAAACCAUCAAUCUUUAGAACUGCUUGGAACAUCUCAUGUGAGUUCUGAAGCCUUAAUUCCUCCACUGAAUCCUCAUCAGGUUUUUUUUGACUGUGAUGCUCCAAGCUAUUUGCAAAAGAAAUCGUGUUCUUCAGAAGUAGUUACAGGAAGGAAGCAGAAUUUCUUUGCUGUGCCAAAGGACUGUGAAGAUUUUGCUCAUCUAGAUGUUAUGAAUUCUCUUCAUGUUCAAAGACAGCCUGUGAGGAUGCGCUAUAGCUCUGGUCAUUCUUCCAAAAACUCUGAAAAAGAGAAUUUCUUUGCAACUUUCAGUGACUGUGAACCUCAGGAGAACUCGCAAUGUUUUCUAGAAGAAUUCAGAGACACGACAUUUAAGAGCCCAGAAAUUCCAACUGACCAGACCCCAUGGAAUGACUCUUCACCCACAGGUCCAUGUGAUUCAUUUGCACCUGAUGGGUUCCUCUCUGAUUUCUUUGUUGACCCAAAAGAGCUUCAAAGUCUGAGUUUUCUCCCCCAGAUCGGUAGAGAACCUAAAGAAAAGAGAAAACAAUGUCCACCAUUCUUAUGGACAAAAGAAAAAAAUAGAACAGAUUCAGGAUUUGCAGAAGUACCAGAGUUCAAAAAACGAAGACUGACAUAUGAAAGAGUCCCUGGAAGAAGUGAUGGACAAACACGUCUCAAAUUCUUUUGAAUGGAAUGGAAUGGGGAUUUGAAUACUACACACACUUUUUUAGAUUCUUAAAGUCUUUCAAGGGAAAUAUAGAUUAAAUUAAAAAUUUUAUUCAUUUUUAGAGAGAAAUUAGGGUUUGGCAAUCCUUACUAAUUCAGAAUUCUUUUGUAUGUUUUAAAAAUUUUACUAAACAAACUAGUUCCUUGAACUUGGAGAAUUAACUGCUUCUCUGUUUGUUCUCAUGGGUGAUAUAAAGUUACUUUAUCACUCUUUAUGCAACAAAUAAAAUAUGGAUGAAAAAAACCCAGACACUGAAGCUCAUAGAAUUUUCAAGGCACCUAUGUUUGUUCCCUGAGCAUGCAGCUUUACAGGCUUAAAGACAGACUAGAUAUGCUGGACUCUCAAAGCUGCUCAUAAAAGUUUUAGAGCUUUCUUGCACUCACUGUGACUCUUUGUAUUUUUCCCUUGGGCUCAAUUCUACUUCUUCACCUCUGACAGCUCCUUUAAAAACUCGUGUGAUAAGUUCCUGAACUGCCUUUUAUCGUAAUUAAGCUACAGAAACAACUUAUUUGUUUUAUGGACAGUUUUAUUUGUUUUAUGUAAGAGAUACGUUGAAAUUUAUGACUCUAACAGAUUUGAUUUAGAGAGCUUGGCUGUGACCCCAGCUCUUUCAUAAUCUGGUGGAGGCCAUUUGUUAGCAUCCACUUUUUUCAGCCUGCUACUGUGCGUCAGCUAGUAGGGAGAUGAGAGUCGUGUGGGAGGCAGUGACAGAUAAUGUAGGCUACAGCUGGAAGAGGUGAGACGUGAGAUAGGGGGGUAAAAAAAGGCAUCUCAAUUGCAAGCUACAAAAGAGAGAGGGUAGAAUAGUACCCCAACCCUCACUUCCCAUCAGAAGAUUUGGCAACGAAACAGGAAAUACGUGUGGGAGCAAUGGUAGACAGUAACUCCAUUCUGCUGCAGGAAUGCAUGCACGGUUUGCACAGGCAUGCCUGCCAGCUCCAGUGCCUGCUCAGCGGCCUUCAGCUGAGAUGAUUCAGUUUUAAAACUCACAAAUCUUUCUGAGUUUGAUGCAAUAACAGAAAGAAAAACAACAAGUUUAUGGUUUAUGCUUUCACUAAAAUACUUUCUUGCCUUUUUGAGUCUCAAAAGUUUAAGUGCAUGUUCACUUCUUGGAUAAAUAAAACCAGCACUUACGGGAGAAAGCUCUGGUCUCUCAGAGCAAAUGGAGUGCUGAUGUUUAGCUGAGAAUUCCUGAAAGCUAUGAUGACAGCACUAAUAGCAGUUUUAGUUCACACCAAAUAUCCCCAAACUAUUUGUGCCCAAAUUGUUUGCAACACUUUAGAAAACACCUUUCAAGUGUAAACUUAAGAAGCCAUUUAGCAGAAUUGCGAACAAGGUUUCUGUACUUUACUCAGAAUAAGAGAAAAAGUGAAAUGGAAAUUGCAGUUUGCUUACUAUUUGUGGCCCAUUUUUGUGGAACUUGACCUAACCCUUUUCCUUCUCUUUGAUUUGUGGGUUUGGCUCUAUUUUUCAGAACUGCCUCCCAAAUUGCCAGGCUCAGGAAUCUGUUCUUUCAAGAAUGCAGCUCAACAAAGUCUCAGUCAGAGACAAUCACAGUGCAGAAAAUGAUAGCUGCCCCUGCCAAACUAUGUAUUUAUGUCCUCCUUUCAUGCAAGCAAAGGCUGACGCCAGAACUUUUACAUGAACAGUCGUGGAAGACUGGCUCAGAUAAUCUCUAGAUCACUUCAAAAAUAAAUGCAUGUUGGCCAUGUUGAAUAAGGAGAGAAAAUUCAAGUGCUGUCUGCGUUGUUUCCAUUAGGUAGAAAAGAUGUCAGUGUACAGUUAGUUACUGGGAACGCAGUGGAAAAUAAGAGAAAGGGCUUGCAAUGACCAGUCGUUUUUACUUUGUUUAUGACUCUUGAUCUCUCACAGGUAUGUACACACUGGCAAAUUUAUCACAGGUGACAUUCUCCCCCUGCCUCGUAUCUGUUUAAUGUGGAGGAUUUAUUGCACAAUAAAGAUG